AUGCGGAAAUGGCGAAAUAUUAGUCUAGAAUCAUUAUUAAUUCCAAAAUCAAAAGACAGAUUUCGCCUUUCUUUUUUUCCUUUUUUCCCUUUAAUUUUCUUCUUUUUUAUUAUUUUAAUUCCAAUUUCCCAACAACAAACAGAAAAUUGGGAUCAACAAAGAAGGUUAAUAGAAGGAAGUAGAACAACAACUUCUAAUAAUAAUUUAGAAGAUAAUGGAGAUCUCUUUAUUUUACUUGAUGAAAUUAGUGUUUUUAGUUGUAGAGGAAUUAAAAAUGAAAUUAAAUUAACUGAAGAGGUGUUUUCUAAUUCUUUAAUUUGGAGAUUAUUAGUAGUAGUCUCUCCUACCUUUUCCAUUUGCGUUAAAAUUUAUUUUUUCCUUUAA